GGACGAUAAAAAAGAAGCCAUUGGGGCAACCUGUUGCUUUGCUUGAGAGUAGAGGGAACAUUUCCCAGCAGCUACCAACAACACACACCCAUAUCUUGCUCGCCCAUCCCCAAGAAGACCCCUACGAGCGCACACACGUACUCACAUCCGAGUGCUUUUUGCAUUGAGCUCGCGCGCAAUUGAGGACUUUUAAUACAGACGUCAAGAAAAAAUCUGGUUUUGUUUCGUGGAAAGACAAAUGGCCAACUCCGGGAUUCAGCUUUUGGGAUUCUUCAUGUCUCUGACCGGCAUCAUCGGCCUGAUCAUAGGGACGAUUCUGCCCCAGUGGAAGAUGUCCGCCUACAUUGGGGACAACAUCAUCACCGCCGUGGCCAUGUACCAGGGACUGUGGAUGUCUUGUGCCUUCCAGAGUACAGGACAGCUCCAGUGCAAGAUCUAUGAUUCCAUCUUGCAGCUUGACAGUUCUCUCCAAGCCACACGGGCACUGAUGAUCGUGGGCAUUAUCAUGUCCGUGGCGGGCCUGGGCGUAGCCUGCAUGGGCAUGAAGUGCACUACUUGUGGAGGGACCGACAAGCUCCGCAAGGCCCGCGUCGCCAUGACGGGGGGCAUCAUCCUCUUAGUGGGAGGCCUGUGCGCCAUCGUGGCUUGCUCCUGGUUCGCUCACAACGUGAUCCGAGCGUUCUACAACCCCUACACUCCUGUCAACACCAAGUUUGAGUUCGGCGCCGCCAUCUUUAUCGCCUGGGGCGGGUCUCUACUGGACGUCCUGGGCGGAGUCAUGUUAGCCGCUUCUUGUCCACGAAAGAAACAGCUAGCCAAGUACCCGUCCGUGGCCGGUUCCCGCUCCGGGCCUUCGAGCGGCAACAAGGAAUACGUCUGAACGUCUAUCACUCGUCAUGGUUUUACCAAGAAGCAAUUCAAAAAAAAAAAAAAAGUGGGACUUUCUGUUGUUUGUGUAUUUAAUAGUUUGUUCUUGUAGAACUGAUAGGUGGUCUUACAGGGAACUGCUAUUUACAGUGAGAAGAAAAAAAAGAAGUGAAUAUCAAGUCUUUACCAGCUUUACACAAUUUUAAUAACUCUUUCACGUCCAGUCACGUGGCUCUUUUCAUCUUUCUGCUAUGAACAAUUUUUGCAAGGAAUUCCAAAGGUUCCACAUACUUUUUGCUUCCAAUAGAAAUCGCAGUUUGUCACCCUUGCACAUGCGUUUUCGUCCUCGCAACGACUUUACAGUUGCUCUGUUUGCAUCCGUGUUAGCCACUUUGAAAAUAUUUAUUUGGCGAAAUGUAGGAUGACUUUCAGAUUUGCAGAUUUGUCAUGUUUAUAAUUGUUGUAUUAAUACUAGGGCUGUCAAACGAUUCAAAUUUUUAAUCGAGUUAAUUACAGCUUAAAAAUUAAUUAAUAGUAAUUAAUCGCAAUUAAUCGCAAUUCAAACCAUCUAUAAAAUAUGCCAUAUUUUUCUGUAAAUUAUAUAUAUAUUCUGUAAAAUAAAUUGUUGGAAUGGAAAGAUAAGACACAAGAUGGAUAUAUAUAUAUACAUUCAACAUAAGGACUGUAGUGGGCAUUUCACUCUACUGUCAUUUAAAUCUGUCUAUGCUGUCCUCACUCCGAAGCGUCGACUUUUUCCAAAGCUAGACAGCUAGUGAACGACGCCUUAAUAAUUAGACUUCUUCCUUUUUCAUCUGAUUUAUUAAUAAAAUGGCCUCAAACCAUUGUCAUCUUUAGACCGUCGUAAAACUACAAAAAAAAAGUACACAAGCAUUGCAUUAGCAACAACGUUAGCUUAGCACGCUAUACAGGUUCACUAAAGAUAAACAAAAAGCGUCUCAUACAAAAAAUAUAACAUUUCGCUUACUAACAUAACAUGUAAAUUCUUUACAACAACCAUACUUACGGACAAAUCUUGUCCAAGGAUCAUAUAAGCACGACAUUAUCAGCCCGAGACGUUGUGCAGCCAUAAUGAACUGGCAAGAAAACAAACCAUGUCGCAAAGCGACCACAAGAGUUCGCUGUUGGACAGCAUAAAAAGCCUUGCUGUAAAACUUACCAAAAGGUAGAAUACUUUCUGAGCGGGACAUGUGCGUUAAUUGCGUCAAAUAUUUUAACGUGAUUAAUUUAAAAAAAUAAUUACCGCGCGUUAACGCGAUAAUUUUGACAGCCCUAAUUAAAAUUAAUUCUAUUUUCAUUGUUCUAAGAUGCAUUCCACCAACUAGACAUGUGCCGAUUACCGGUUUCAAGAUAUACCGUAGUAUGAAAACGUCAAGGUUUCAAAACCGCAAAAAAUUCCGUCAUACAGUCCCUAUGUUAUUAGCUAUUUUCAGUGUCAGUGAGUCAGCUGUGCUACACCAUGGCUGGAGGAGGUGAAACUCCUGAACUUUUUCCCCCAUCGAAGAAAAUGAAAUCGUUGGGAUGGGAAUACUUCAGCUAAAUGUUACAGACGGCUUAGAGGAGAAGGGCAACGUCAUGUAAAACAUGGGUGGCUGCCGAGGAGGCAAUACCUCCGAUAUGAUUUUGCAUUUAUAUAAAAUUAAAGGUUAGUAAACACUGUCAUGAACAGCUACGAGAGUAAACUCCAGAGUGUUUAGUGUGUCUAGCGGUGGUAAAACGUGUUUUUUUUUCACUGUGGCAACUGUCUUUGUUGGGAAAGAGAGUGUGUGUAUAAUGUAAACAUGAUACGAGUCAUACACAAAUGCUUUUUAUGGGAAAUAAGUCAAUUAUUUCUGUUCUGAUGGUGAUAAUGUUGAGCUGUGGCUGUGGGUUUAGGCUCACCGAAACAAUAUUUUAGUUAUUUUAACUUAACAUUAUACCUAUGUUCCAAUUUUCUAAUAUUGUUUGAAAAAUAAAAAUCCUGUUCAAUG